AUGGCAGCAUUCGUUGGCAGCAGCGCGCAGGAGGGGCGGCCCGACAACUCCUCAGGAGGUGGCAGCUCAGAGUGCGAGGCCGGCGGGCGCGGGUCUCCCGGCAGCGGCGGCAGCUCUGGCAGCAUGCACAGCGCCGACGACGACGGCCGCUCGUCGCAGCAGAGCUUCCGCUCUGCUCUUUCGCAGAGCCGCGCCAGCAGCCGUGCCGGCAGCACGGCCCCCGGCGGCCAGCCGGCGAAGCAGCGCGCCGCGGCGGGGGCAGUGGCGGCGGCUAGCGGCGCGGGUGCUGCGGGUGCGGGCACGGCGGGGGCUCAGGGCCGCGCACGGCUGGGGGUGGCGUCAUUGCUUGCGGACGGGACACCGUCCGCGGCCGAGCGCGGCCGGCACGCUGCGCGCUUGGCGGCGAGCGCGGCGGCUGCAGCGGCGGCGGGCGUGCGCGUGCGGCCGGAGGGGAUGUCGCGAGCCAGCAGCUGCGCGCUGAGCCACCGCGCCUCGGAGGCAGGCGGUUCCCUCAGCGGUGCUAGCACCCCGCGCAGCGACACCGGCCGCGCCGGCGUCGGGGCCGGCGCCGGUCCCGGCGGCGCGCGCGCGCCAACCACGGCCGCAGUGGCCCUUGCGCGCGACGACUGCCGCGCCGCCGCGGCCUCAGCGUCGGCCUCGGCGGCCGCAACGCCGCGGGCCGCCGGCGGGGGCGCGGGCGGGUCAUUGCUGCCGACGCCGCGCAACGCUGCAAGCAGCACCGUCUCCUCCUACGCCACAGCGCGCGACGCCAGCGCGCCCGACGCCUGCGCUGCGGCCACGCAUGCGCCGGCCGCCCAGCCGCCGCCCGCGGUUGGACUCCUGGGCCUCGUCGGCUCUUCGCUGCAGGCGGCCGUCGUGGGUGGCGUCAGGGCGGCGGCGGCGGCCGCGGCAGAGCCCGAGGCCACCGGGCUGUGGGGCAAGCUGUCGGUCUUGGUGAGUGGCGGCCGUCGCAGCCGCGCGCAGUCGCCGCUGCCGGGGCCGCUCGGUGGCGGCAGCCAGGCCCCCUCGCGGCAGCAGUCCGGCCCCGCCCCCGCCGCGACGGCCUGCGGUGAUCGACGAUCGCUGCCUGCGGCGGAGGGGAGCGCCUCCAUUGUCAGCCAGGCCGUGGCGCCGGGGAUUGGGGCGGUGACAGCCGGCGGCACGGCUGCGGGGGCUGCCGCUGCUGCAGGCGGCAGCCAAUGCGCCGAACUCAGCAGCGAGCCGAGCAGCGAGCCGAGCAGUGGGCCGAGCAGCGGCCCAGCGGCGACCGGCGGGCCCACCAACAGAUUCGGGCUGUUGGCAGGGUCGGGCAGCGAGGCGGCGGCGAGCGACACGGCGUCAGACUCGGAUGCAAGCAGCGGCGGCGACAGCGACGGCGGCAAGGGGUCCAGCCCGGCAAAAGCAUCAGGAGAUGAUGGGCUCAUGGGCUUCGGGCUCAUGGCAGUGGGUGGCUUCCUGCUCUUCGUCAGCCUGGCUUGGUGGUUUGCGUCCCACCCCCCCACCCCGCUGGCCGUUACGUCAGAGCACCUCGAGCACCUGUGGCACGGCGUCCAGGGGCGUUUCUCGCACCUGCGGCAGGACCUCGCAUCCCUGGAGGGCCGCGUCGUUGGCAGCGUGGUGGGCAGCGUGCAGGAGGGCGUGCACGCACUGUCGGACAAGAUGCAGCACUUCGGAGAGGACCUGAUCCACGGGAUGCACCUGGACGCGGUGGCGGCGGGGCUGCAGGAGGGGCUGCACGGGCUGCAGGAGGGCAUCCAGCACAAGGGGUUUGCGCUCAUGCACAUGACGUAG